AUGCCAUCUUACUCUAAGUUCCUCAAGGAAAUCCUCACCAACAAAAGGAAGCUCAAUGAUGAGCUUAUCACCCUUACACAUCAAGUGAGUGCUCUUGUCCAACAUAAGAUGCCCAAGAAGGAAAAAUACCCGGGGAGUUUCACUUUGCCGGUGAAAAUUGGGAACAUGGAAGCUAGGGGUGCAUUGGCCGAUCUUGGAGCGAGUGUUAGUCUAAUCCCUCUAUCCAUUUCUCAAAAACUCAAUAUUGAGAUUAUCCCUACAAGGAAGACAAUUCAACUAGCCGAUCGGUCGGUAAAAUUUCCUUGUGGAGAACUUGAGGAUGUUCCAAUUCAAGUGGGACACAUCUAUGUGCCUUGUGACUUUGUAGUGAUGGACAUGGAGGAGGAUGUGGACACUCCCUUGAUCUUGGGUCGUGAAGCUCUUAAAACUUUGGGGACGGUCAUAAAUUGCAAGAACAAUACCAUCACAUGUGAAGUGGCCGAUUAG